AUGUCGCAAACUCUUUCGGGACGGUCUGCGUCUCCCGAUCUUACCCAGUUGUAUCAAUCUGUCUUCCAGAUCGACAAUGAGUUUCCACGCUUCGUGGUACCGUGUUAUCCCUGGUGGGAAGAUGAAGCUACUACAGUUCUCUGGGCAUUCAAAAAUCUCGAAAUCCGCCUAGUCAUUCGUUACGGUCUAUUUCGCGAUGAAAAUCUACCACGAAGCUCCCUCUUAAGCCGCAAUGUCAACACAAUUGAUGCUAUUUUUACGGCGCCAAUUGGACCGGGUGAAAAUCAUCUGCUUGACAGUCUCUCUCAUGUGCAACGAGUGGAGGAAAUCUUGCGUCGAUCUGGGCUUCCACCAUUUCAGCCGGUCCCUUGGUCUUGGAUACCUCAAGCUCCAGUGCAUGCGCUCGACCCGCAGGCCAUCGCUCAGGCCAUUGAGGCCGAGAGCCAUUUUCAGCUCAGUAGGGUCGCUUUUGAAGACAUCGUGCGUGCCUCGCUGGGAUACACGGCGACUUCUGUCGAGUGGUUUCUCAUGCAACACACAGCUUUGUAUAUGCACUUGUUAGAUUUUCUUCGGAUGUUUCCUGAUGGAAUUCCCGUGUACUUGGAGGUAGAAAAGCAUCUACGGGGAAAGAGCCCUUUCGCCCACCGAGCGAUAGCACAAUGUCUAGCCGCAGUACAAUCAGACUUUGCACCAGAUCUGUCUGAGAAACCUAUGAGUAGUUUCAAAUUCGUUGCCGGCCCGAUCCAGCGCCUCUUUCAAGACCGACCGGAGAGUCUUACUAAUAUGCUUAAGAUCUGCAAUUUAUUCGCUGUUCGGUUUCGCCACCAGUACAUCAGUACCUCAAAGGUGCCCUGGGACAGAGAAUUCGAUGUUUCAUACUCCUUCUUUGAAGAUUAUCUCGGAUCAUCUUCGCCACCUGACUUGGCUCGCACCCUCACUGCUCUAGACAAGAGUAAUUUCGCGCAUCUGACCCGAUCAAGUAUCAUUGCACAUAAUGAGAUCACAAAGCGUCUUUUAGCCAACUGGGAAGACCUAGCCAUGUCAGUAUGGGAAUGCUGUUCCGCAAUUCCAGAUUUGACCCUUGGCCUGCGAGAAUGCGUACAGAACCUCUUACAGCGACGAAAUUACCACUCUUCAACGGCAAUACUACAUGGUCUCCACAAAUAUAGUAUAUCGGCUACACGGCCCCGCGGUCUCAACAGUACAGCUGGGGAAAUUAUCGUUCUACACCCUCUUGUUCCACCAGACAUGAUAUUCCUCUACGAUGCAACACAAAACUACGCCUCAUACCUUCAACACUACGUAAAUCACCCGGGAAUCCCAUUCUUACUCCCGCAUCUUCGCGAUGUGCAGCAAAAGGGAGAAUUGGCGCUUGAACCUGUCUUGCGCUUUCUGCAGGCAUAG